GGUUAAGUUGCCCGUUGUGGUGCCCACGUGCUUUGGUCAAAAGUGGUCUCAGCAUUAGAUUAGUAGUUUAGUUUUGCGAAAACCGGUAAUCCAAUCCCAGUGGAAAUAUGGGAGAAUCAAACUGAUCCUCCGGUUUGUGGAUCUCAGCUGUUCUUCUGGAUAAAAUCAUUGUCGUUUAUAAUCCCGGGAUAAAAAAUGGCUGAUAUUUUGAACUUGAUCUCAACAUCUAACCAGAACAACGACGAGCGCUACAAAUUCAUCCAGGAUUUGCUAGUCUACAAGUCUGAUGUGCCGUUCGACAAGGAGGAAAUCAAUGUUAUUCAAAAUAGUCUGCUGUCGUUGAUCAACAACCAGUUGAACCAUGCAGCGACACGUCAUGAAGGCCUGAAUCUGCUAUUGAAAACAUUACCAAGAUGCUCGAGAGACGUUCUGCUCAAACAUGCCAUGCUGUGGAUGACAAAGGCACUGCAGAGUCUUGAGACGGUCCAGAAUGACCAGCUGCAGGUCACCACUGCAGCUAAAGUCGCUGCUACUUUGGCUAUUUCUUGUAAAGAGAUUCCUGAACUCCAGAAGCAGAUAUCCAUGCAGAACGUCAAACAGAUCAUAACUCAUGCCAAUAACUUACCUGACGCAAGGCGAUUCGGUGCUAUAUUUUAUUUAGUUGCUGUACUCCUCUACCAUUAUCCUGAACCAUGUGAAAGACUACAGGUGACCAUAAGGAAGUUAAUUCUGCCCUUGGUUGAUUCUGGACAAGAUAACUUGGUGAAUGCCGGGGCAAGAUGCUUUGCACUGUUGACCUCCGCGACUGAGCGUUCGUUUCAGCCUGUAGCAGGAAAGGCAAAUCAAACUGCAUGGACUUACAGCCAAUGUUUGAUCUGCAAUAGUCUCCACGAAACAAUGGAUGAUUUGUUCAGCGGAGUUGCCGAAAUAGAGAACAUCGAUAUCGGGGAUAAACUCACGUUGCCAAUCAUUCCUCAAGCAGACAUGAUGUUACAUUACUUGGGACUAGAGCGGCGGUUCAAUAAUCUGUGCAUAUACCUCGGCACGACACUACGUGGAUGUGGAACUAAGAACUCAGUUUCUCCUUCAAAUAUAUUCAAGGUCCUAUCUCGAGGCCUUUUUAUUACUCCUGCUGGACUGGGUAAUGAGAAUGCGUUCAGAAAGCAAAUUUUGCAUUUGAUUCUGCCAAAUCUACAUUCCAGCUUGUUACACGUAUUGGAUGCCUUUGUUUUGGGUUUUGGAAAAGAAUUAGUGCCUUAUGCUCAAACUAUACUUCAAUUGUUGCAUCAAAUCUUAACAUGGACGGAAAAAACAACCGAAAAUACAAGCACUUUGAGUGGGACCAGGCCAUUCAAAAACAUUAGAAUACGUGUCUACGAAUCCCUUUCGACAUGGUUAAGGCAUGCAGGAGUACUGUCAGGAGUUGAAAAUGUUUGCGAAGAACUUCUAUCACAUAUUUUGAGAGAUAUUGUUCCAGAAAAGGAUCGAGUUGUAUUGUCUGUACAAAAAACACACAACAUGUCUAAACGAGCUUUGAAACGGCACAGGGAAAGUCAGUUUGACAAUAACAUGACUCAGACGAACACACUUCAUGUUUCUAAUCCAUUGGUAAAUGCAGAGUUAGCCGACGAAUCUUUGGUGGCUUUACAAAAUAUCUUCUUAAAUACAGGAUGCAGGCUGAAAGCGUCGUUCUAUGAGAGUUCUCAGACCACAUUGGUCGCUCUUCUCAACGAUUGUUAUCUGGAGACUCACGAAGAAACGUUCUACAAACGGAGUGCGAGCUGUCGUCUAAACCUCGUAAAGACACUAAAAAUGAUACAGCUGAAUCCGCAUCCUUUGGUACCACCGCCCACUCAAUACUGUUUAGAGAUAUUCCAAAUGGCGCAAAAUGACGCAGACACGAAUGUGAGCCACGAAGCUAAGAUCGCUUUGGCUGAAAUUGAGAAAAUUGCACAUCCCGCUGCCCCAACUUUGAGGCUACCGAUUGUAGUCGAUUCGAAUGAUAAGGACGAUGAACCAAUCGAACUUGAUUUUGCGAUGGACUCAAACACGGGCCCAAAAACCGCUCAUCCCUCCGGUGCGAAUAACGAAGACAGGGCUGGACACAGCCCUAGUCCCAUUCUCGAGGAUCCAGAAGACGAGAGUCCUGAUACUGGAGUGAAUCUUCCGUCUCGUGAUGAGACAAAUCCCGAUACUAACAACGAGAAUCAGGAAAACGUCGCCGAGCCAGACAGCGCUAAGGAAAAAAGAAUGAGUGAUUCGACUGUGGUAGAAAUUAUUUUACUCAGCAUUACGGAGCAAGUGGAUGAUUCUCGCUCUGAUGAUGAUAGCGAAGAAAACAUUCUGGACGCUUCGACGAAGACUCAGGGCGACUUUAGUUACGAUACUGCUGAAGCAGCGGACGCAGAUGAGCCGCAAGUUAAACGGCAGAAUAUUCAAACUACAGAAAGUGUUGCUACGGCGACUGCUGAUCAACCUCAGGCUCAUAUCGAUAGCGACGAUGAUGCCGCGAUGCUUGAUUUAUUCUGUGAUACUGUGCAGGAUGAGAAAUAGGUAUCAGCUAUGCAGCAGGAAUAUACGUUAUGCAGUUAUACUAUAUGUUCAUACGCCUGUGUAUAAGUAUAUAAGUAAAUUGGAUUACAAAAGUACAGAAAUAUCUUGUCAUAUUUUCGCCCUGUUUAUCAUUUAUAACAACUAAACAUAGCAUAUCUAAUCUCUUUGUCGUAAUUGCUUGUACGUAAAGUAAGCGCUUAAAGAAGUUUGGCAUAAUUGAAUGCA